AUGGUGAUCUUUGGAGGGGGGCUGAGGGGGAGCAAGGAGGGGAGCACGGUCAGAGAGCUGCGAGUGGGACCCACCUCCAAACGUACCCCCACAGAGCCCCAAAAAUGGCUCUGGGGAGCAGAGCGUGGGGCUGGGGGAUCCGGGAGCACACCUGGGGCUUUGGGGCCAAAAAGAAAGGCUGGGAGGGCGUGCAAGGAGGAGGCUGGGGGCAGAGCACCCAGAAUUGCCCUCCCGGUGGGGCUGGGGUCGAGCAGGGCCCCUCUGGCAGGGGACACAUCCCGGGGACACAUCCCAGGGCCACGCUGGGGUCCCCAGGCCGUGCCCCUGCCCCGUGGGGCGACGUUCGGGGCCGCAGCAGAGAAACCCCGCGGGAGGCUGCGGGCGCCUCUGGCUGCCCCUGGCAACUGCUCUGUGCUGCCUGCUGCCGCCAUCUCGGCCGCCCGGCGUCCCGCUCCUCCGCACCCCCGCCCCAAAAUGUCCCCAGGUCUGGAGGAGAGCUUGCGUAGGGUUUUUGAAGAGAAGCUGCAGCUCCGGACGGUGCCAGCGUGGGACUCAGCGUCGCUGCUGCCCUCCUCCACGCGCCUGCUGCUGAAGAGGAGGGAGGUGGCAGAGGUGGAGCGGGCUCUGCAGGCCCAGCGGGAGGAAUUUCGGCGGAGGACGGAGCGCUUGGACCAGCGCUGGCAGGAGCUGGGCCAGCGGGAAGAGCAGCUCCGCGACGUCGCCCUCAAAUUCGACGCCUUCCUCAAGGUUUCGGCAGUGAGGCGGGAGCGGGCGCUGGGCCGGGUGGGCGAGGAGCGGGCACGGGCAGCACGGCGAGGAGCCGAGGCCAAUGGCCUGCGCCAGGAGCUGGCGGGGCUGCUGCGGCGCAGGGAGUGGCUGCGACGGCGUCUGCAGAGCCUCCAAGUCUUUGGGGACUACCUGCGGGGCGUGGUGGCCACCACGGGGCAGUUCCAGGACGUCCCGUCCAUGCUGGCCCAUUUCGGGGCGCUGGCGGGGGUGCGGGCAGCCCUGCUGCACCAGCUGGAGGCCGGGCAGCAGAGGCUGGCCCAGGGCCGGGCUCGGCUCCAGCGGUACCGCGAGGAGGCCGGUGGUGAGCUCCUGCGUGGGAGGGACGAGGUGCUCCAGCUCCGCGCACGCCUGGAGGCCGCCCGCCACGACGUGCUCCAGGGGGAGUCCUGCUGGACCCAGAUCCAGAGCGCGGCCACCCACAAGACCCUGCUGCUGGGGCAGAUCAGGAUGGCCGUGCUGAGCCUCUUCCAGCUCGCCACCAAGCACCUGAAGGUCCCCAAGGAUGUGGCCCUGGAGGACACAGAGUCCCAGCUGGACGUGGUGCUGCUCUGCAUGCAGGACCUAGCUGCCAUCUGUGCUGAGCUGCACCCCAAGGAGCCAGGGCUGGGCCCACCCCGUGUGGCUGCCACCACCACCACACACCCACGGCGCCACAGGGGUGUCGCAGUGCCUCCAAGCCACCAGGAGUCCCAACCUGGGGGCAAAUCCUCCCUGGGAUGAGGCUGCCAAGGCCAGCACGAAGCUGCAGGAUGCCAGCACCUACCCGGGGAUGGAGGUGGCUCCCCAACAAGCCCAGGAACCCCGAGAGGCAACGCAGCUCCAGCGCAGCAGAGCACCAAGUACCUUGGGACAGAGCCUGCACCCCGGGUACCCUCUUGCAAGGGGCACGCAGGCAGAGGGACCCAGCUGCCCGGGAGGAACGGGGAGCAGCUGCUUGUGUUCAGGCUGUUGGUGCUGAUAAAGCUGUUUCCCAUCAAAA